CGAGCAGGCAAAUGCACCAUAGACCCUCAAUGGCUGGUUGCGUGAGCGUGUAGGUUGUGCAGGUACAAGACGUGCUCUUAGGACGUAGCUUUAUACGACAUGCGCUCUAUAGGCGGCCCCUGGCUGCUACCACCGCCGCCGUUUCUUGCAAGCUUCUGGCCACCAGCUCGCGACGACGACGAUGACUUCUUCCGUCGUCAUCUUUCCAUAAUGCGCCGUAGAGUACAGAAUAAGGCACCCCAGUGGCCUCUCGCAGGAAUAAGCGAGCCGGACGUGAGAUGGCCGCUGACGCUCGCAGACGGCAACCCCUCGACCGCCUUUUCAUCACCACCGCAACGCGCGGAAGUUGUCACCGCGAACACCACAUCGCGCUCACAUCCAAUUCUAUCAGCAGGUACUAUUCUAAGCGCAAUCGCAGGCAUAGGUUUCGCAGGCAGCGUAGCAGGGGCAUUCAUCUACACGAUGCGCAAAGGGCGGAAAGAGGCGCUGCGAGAGGCUCAAGAAGCUGCUGCAAUACUCGCUACUGGUUCUACGGUGGCAACAGAAAAUGGUAUUAGGGGCGCUGCCCAAGGAUUGCGGCAGCAGAGUGGGGGAAGAAAGGCCGUAUCAUCAAUCUUUGAUUCAGACGCCUCUGCGCUGCCGCCUUCAGUGUUACGUCGAUCGCCUUCUUAUUUAUCAGCAGCCGUGUCCGAAUCGGGGCCAGCCGCCUCUCUGCCCUCAUCUUCGGCAUCAACAACGUCGAGGACAUCCUAUCCUUCUGCAUUGCAUCGUAGCAGAGGACACGGUGUCUCAGUUGGGCACACGUCAAGCCAUUAUCCGUGCCCAUCAAAUGCAACAGAAGCCCAGGAACUAGCAGCAAGUGGGCCUCUACUGGCUUUGAAAGCGUUCGGAAUCGCGACAGCACUUGUCGGCAUCGUCUCGCUUGUCACAGUCGAGAUCUUACGUAGGUUAUGGGAUGUUAGGGAUAUUGACGAUUUUGUCAUCAAGGUCACACGCGCCAUACGGUCUGUUAGCCCUGCUCGGAAUGAUUCUAAUGUGAAUGCAGAUGAUGGAGAAGGCGAGGAGGCAGCAACAGCAGCUUUGCCUUUGGCGCCGCCCUUGUUGAAGGACAGCAUCUUCAUGCAGCUAAGCGAAGCGCGCACGCCAGAGGAGUGGUUUCGACUCCUCAAGUCUCAUUUGGAUGCCGAGAGCACGCAAGAUGCGCUCGCACGUGCUCAGCGCGUGCGGUUGCGCGACCAAGCUGAGAGUGCAGUUCGCAAAGCGUGAGGGAGACAGGAUAACCAGACAAUCGAGGUUGAAAGCGUCUGCUUUGCAAUGCAAUGAACUAGAACC